AGCCACAUCUCGUCGAGGUGAGGAAAGCCCACCGUGGAGCAGGCAGAGGGCGAAGCCCCCAGAGAGGGUCUUCCCUGUGCCGCCGUGUGGGGGUCCUCACCUCAGGGGGGAUUAACAAUCUGCGAGAUGCACUUUUAAUCUCCCGAAAGCAGCGGCUUCACGUGUCAAGGGGGCACCGCUUCAUUUCUCUCCCGAGGAGGCGCAGAUUUAUGGCAGCAUUGUUCAUGUUCACCAGCAAGUAGGACGCCUCUGCACCCCGCGGCUCGGGUCUCGGUCCCCGGCCGGGCGAAGUGCGGGGUUUGCGGGUGUGUUGGAUAGUAAAGUGGCCGAGAGAACCGGCGUGAUCGGGGCUAGAAGAGCGCAGGGAGAGUGACAAGGACGGGGAGAGGGAGAGAGAAAGGGGAGGGGAACUGACAUUAAAGCAACACAACAAGGAAACUACGCUGCGGAGCCACAGACGCCUUCAUUUUAUGUUUUUGAAUAAUAGCCGGAGCGAGUGUGUCGGAGUGUGUCUGUGAAAUCUGCCCGCAGCUCAGCCCCGCGCAGCCUGGAAGUCUCCCGGAAAGGAGCCGCUUUGGACCGAGCUGGAUUUAAAGGCGCUCGCCGUCGCGUUCACAGACAUGGGCUCAGAACCACCCAGCUCUCCACAGGUGGUGGAGGAUGGAGGAGAGGAGGAUGAGGAGGAGCUGAGCGGAGGGGAGGAGGCAGAUCUGCGCUCAAGCUCAGGCCGGGGGUCACUGCUGACCCGCAGGGGCAUCACCCUGAGAGUGCUGCUCAAGGACGGCCUGGUGGAGCCUGGGGAUGGCGUCUUGGCCAUCCAUUAUCUGGGGAAGAACUUUGUUGGAGACCUGUUGACCGAUGGGAAAAUCCGAUGGGUUGAGACGGGUCAGAUUUUCAAUUCCCCAAGUGCCUGGGCAACACAUUGUAAACGUCUGGUCAACCCGGCCAAGAAGUCUGGCUGCGGCUGGGCAUCUGUGCGCUACAGGGGGCAGAAACUAGUCCAGUACAAAACCACCUGGCUGCACAAGUAUCAACCCAGUGCGGACAUGAGCCUUGUGAGUGAGGAGGAUGAUGACGAGGAUGAAGAGGAAGGGAAGACAACUGUACAGGCAGAUGAAAAAAACAAGAACACCAAACCUGGAUUAAAUGAUGUAGUGGUUUCACGGCGAACUGACCGAGAGAGAAUUCCUGUCAGAUAUUGUACCCUGGGCACGAGGGAUGCUGCCAGAGAUCCACACACACUGGUGGAGCUGUCUGCCUUUUCAGCCAUCAACAGAUUUCAGCCUUUCAAUGUAGCUGUGUCCAGUAAUGUACUACUACUAAUGGACUUCCAUUGUCACCUGACUACAAGUGAGGUGGUGGGAUACCUCGGAGGGCGAUGGGAUACUAAUACUCAGUUGCUGACAGUCUUAAGGGCUUUCCCCUGUCGGACCAGGCUGGCAGACAGAGACUCAGCCUCUGCAGUGGAGGAGGAGAUCUGUCAGAACUUAUUCAUGCGUGGGCUCUCGUUGGUGGGCUGGUACCACAGCCACCCGCGGGGACCGGCUCUUCCGUCCCUGCAAGACAUCGACUCCCAGAUGGACCAUCAGCUGAGGCUGCAGGGCUCAAACAAUGGCUUCCAGCCUUGUCUGGGCAUCAUCUGUGGCCCAUAUUAUCAUGGAAAUCAAGGCGUUGCCUCCACAAUAACUCCGUUCUGGGUUGUACCACCACCUGAGCAACGGCCUAAUGACUAUGGCAUCCCCGUGGCUGUGGAGGUCACCUACGUACAGGACAAUUUCCUCACCAGUGACGUUCUUAAUGAGAUGAUGCUGCUAGUUGACUACUACAGAGCAGCUCCUGACCUCGUCCAGUUCAACCAGUACUGGUGUCCCGACACAACCAUGAUGGACAAGAUUAAGGGCUCUCUGAGUUGCCACGCCCCCAAAGACCAGGCCUACUCUCAGAUCUUGGAGCAUGUCUACAGUCAGCUGAGCAACAUGCACUGAGACGAUCUGCGCCAUGUGGCCGAGCUCCGCCUCACAACACUCCAUUUCAAACACCGUUUCGUUCUGCAGAGCUUACUGGACUGCUGUGACAGUCGUACAAUGUAAAACCUGGUUGAAACAAACAAAAACAUUGAUGCCUUGAGUGAUGCUUAAUUUUGAUACAGCAUUAUUUUGAGUGAAAAUACACUUAAGUGACUUUUGGUUUGAUGAGUUUGUAACAGAAACUGCUCAUGGAGGUCCAUUCUUUUUAUUUUCCCACUGAUGAAAAACAUAAUUUAUUGAAACUCAAAACCAAACAGCAUCAGAUUUACAUUUUUGGGAAAAAAAAAAAAAAAAAAAAAACACACAAAACUUUUGUGAUACAUUAAACGGCCAAGAAUCGGCCUGUGUGUGACUGACUGGCCCUUUUCCAUGUGGACCUAUGUGCCUACCUGUGCCAGUGUCCUGUAGCGUGACCAGGGUUUGUCAGCUAUGUACAAUGUAAACAUUUGACUUGUAAAUGCCUUUUUAGACUGAACUAAAGGAGCAGUGAAUAGGGGGGAGAGUCAAAAAAAAAAAAAAAAAACUAGUGCAAAAAUGUACUACAGUGCAUUAGCAGAAUUUGAAAAGGUGUAUUUGUUAAACAUGAACUGUAAUCUGCAUCUUUAGGUUUUCGUGAAAAGUUGUGCUAAUGUGGAAGUUUGGAGCAACUGAAUCCAGCAUGCCACACAACUUUUGUUUUUCUUCCAAAUCCACUAAUGUAGGGACUGUGUGUGUGUGUGUGGGUGUGUGCACUGUAUUGUGAAUGUGCUUGUCUACUGUCUCCCUGUCGGGUUAUGUGAGACAUGAGUCCUGUUGGUUAGGACAGAUAUUUGCUUCCUCUUUUCCUGUACUGUAUUUAUUAAGGGAUUGUGUGAUACACAAGUUUGAAGACAGAGUAAUGCCUUAAGCCUGCUGAUUGAUGAUCCACAAAGAAUUAAAAUA